UAAAUUACCCGAAAAAAUUGAAUGGCCCAUUGUCAUAUUGAGAGAAAAUGGUAAUAUUUAUGUUCUCAUGUCGGGAUUAGAUACGGAGAGACCCCGUUUACAGGGCCCCAUUACCAUUACACCCUCGACUGUGGAUAAUUAUGGUUUGGAUUCAUGUUCAAUUUUGGUCAUACCCUCAUUGCCACCCACUUUGGUUAUUGCCGAGACUAAUGGUAAAUUACAUCAUGCCUUGUUUUUGGAAGCUGAAAAUGCCGAGGAUUCCUUCAACGAAGUUGAUGAUAGCCUCAUAAUCCAUCCCUGUGAAUGGACCGUGCAUGUUUUGGAAACUGUCGAACUGGAGCUGGGUCUACCAAAAGAUGAUGUAAAUCAACCAUAUUUUUGCCCCAUUCAUCUUAAGAGAGACUUCAUCAAUGAGUUGCGUUACUUUGCCUAUCACAAUACCGGUCUGCAUGUCAUCACGGUUAAUUUUAUUGGCGAAUUGCAACGAUUUUUGGAAAAUGAUGUUGAUACGGAUAUAACCUCACUUUCAACACCCUCUCACGCUGAGUAUUUGGUGUGCACCAAAAUCGAUACAGGAGACAAUGUAAAUGCCGUCUUGGGUUUUGUCCUGCUACAAAUGCCCUCCUGUAUUGUUCUUCUCUUAGCCAGUGGUCAAGUUAUUACCCUCAAAUUGGUCAUCGAUGCCAAACUUCUAUUGGAUUCCCAAACAAAAUCCAAAGACGAUACGGUACUACAAAAACCCGAUGAUGCCAAUCAAAAUCAAUUAAAUCAACUCCUACUGGGACCCUCGUUUGUCGAUCACAUACGCAACAUGUUGAAACGUAGUGUAACCCAACCAAUUCUGUCUUUGGAUAAAUCCAAUAAUCCAACACCACAAGAAUGCUAUGAACUGCUGACCCAAGCCAUUGAGGUGUUGCGUAGCCAAUAUUUGAAACGUCACGAAUUGGUAAAGGCCGAAUUUGCCAAACGUAUCCACACCAUUAAGCUGUGUCGUGACCAGCAGAAACAGGAUAUUGCCGAUUUGGAAAAUGAACGUGAGGAAAUUCGUGAUAAGGCCCACAAAUUGGCCGAACGUUUUGAGGAGCUCAGCGAUAAACAGGAGGUCUUGACGAAAAUCUGCCAAGACCUCAUGCGCCAGGCCAACACCUGUUUGCCCAGCAACUCGCUGGCCGAAAAAGAAUUUGCCCAGGAGGUAGAACGCAUUAAUAAGCUAACCAAAAAUAUGACCAAUGCCCUGCAGAAGUGUAAAGAAUCCAUCAACAAACAGAGUUAUCAUAUUUCCAAAUAUCAAGAAAAUACGAAAAAGAAAACCUUCGAAUUGCCCGAAACCCAGGAGCGUACAAUAAAGGAGAUUCUAUUGCAAAUGACCGCUGAAAUUGAUGGCCAAAUCAAAGAAGUCAAGCGCAUCUCAAAAAUUGUGGGCAUCUAA